AUGGAGAUCAAAGACCUAAUUAUCGACGACCGGCAGAGGGGAAUUUUCAGGGUCAACCGGUCGUCAAUGACCUCCAUCGAUUUGUUCCAGCGGGAGCGGGAACAAAUCUUCGACCGGUGCUGGAUUUACCUGGGACACGAGUCGGAAGUGGAGAGGCCCGGAGACUACCGGCGCCGCACGAUAGCUGGACGGCCCCUUUUCUUUGCCCGUGGUAAAGAUGGUGAAGUUCGGGUGUUUCUCAAUUCAUGUACCCACCGGGGGGCUUUGAUCUGCCGCCGUGAUCAGGGGACCGCCGAAGUCCUGCAAUGCUUCUAUCACGCUUGGUCAUUCAACACAAACGGAGAGCUGAUCGGCGUCCCCGGCGAGGACGCAUACAGCCCUUACUUCGACCGGAGCGAGCUGGGCCUGAAGGAGCCACCACGGGUCGAAAGCUACCGCGGCUUCAUCUUCGUUAGUUUCAACCCCUUUGUCGAAGACCUGGUCACUUAUUUGGCGGGGGCCAGGGACUACCUUGACCUGAUCGUCGACCAGGCCGAGGAGGGGAUGCGGGUGGUCGCUGGUUCCAAUAAGUACACUAUGAAGGCCAACUGGAAGUUGCUGGUUGAAAACAGCCUUGAUGGUUAUCACCUGAUCCCGACUCACCAGACUUAUCUGGACUACAUCACCGGCCUGGGAACUGACGACAGCGGGGAAACGAUGGCGUCCCGCGUCUCGGGCCGGGCCACUGCCCUGGGUAACGGCCAUUGCGUGAUUGAAUCCGCGGUCCGGAACGGCCGCCCCAUCGCGCAUUGGCACCCGCUGUACGGCGAGGAUGCCAGGGAGCCGAUUGCGCGAGUCCGGCAGCGGCUGGUGGAGAAAUACGGAGAAGAGCGCACCUACCGGAUGGCUGAUACUUCCCGAAACCUGAUCAUCUAUCCCAAUUUGGUCAUCAACGACAUCAUGGCCAUCACCAUCAGGUACUUCGAACCCCUGGCCCCCGACCCACAAUGGAGGUAA